UGAGCAUUCCAUACUUUCUCGAAUGACGGUAUAGUGCGUGACGCUACGUUGAAGACCAGUCGCUAUUUGAAUCGGUUUACGUCAGUGUGAUCGUGAGUGGUGACGCCCAACUUGGCCCUGACGCGAUCCGCGUCAUCACUCGCGACUAGAUCGAGCAAGCAAACUGAGCUGAAGGUAACCGGUACUCCUUGGCUGAACAAACGCGAUCGUGCUGCGCUACAACGUGAACAGAACAAAACCAAACCUCUCACCAAGGCAGCUGCCAAUAUUGACGGGACUCAAAAAUGGAAGAGUCGGAUGGAAUUAACAGAGAGCAAGAUGCAGCAGGGGACAACCAAGUUAGCUUAAACAAGGAAGGGAACACGAUUAAACUCAAUUUCAUCAAAGAAGAAGCCGAGACAGACAGUUGGAGUUUUUCAUCUCCAAAACACGGCAAUGACGGUUUGAUAGAUCCGUUAUUAGAAGACGAAAACAAUGACGCAGAGCACUCAGACACCGAUAUGGAUGGCUGGAUUAAUGAAAGAAUGGGAGGUGACACGGAAAGAGCAAGCCAAACUUCAGACACCAGCUCCCAGCAGCAACCAAAUCAAACGCACCAUGAAUAUGAGCGCAGAAACCGACAACUCUUGAAGUGCUCCCAUUGCGCCAGUACUUUCUCCAGAGAGUCCAGUCUCGUGGAACACAUGAAAGUCCAUGAUCCAGUGUAUCCCUCGCACCCUCCGCUGCGUACUAGACAUGCGAGGGGGCACACUCCAGGAAAGAGAUAUCCUCAAGGCCAGAGGACACGGGGUAGACAGGGGCCAAAGACUACCUUUCCUUGGACGGAUGAGCAGGAGGAAGAUCUGGUGGAAUGGUGGAAGGAGAAUGAGUGCCUUUAUAACAGCAACAGUCGGGGUUAUCUUGAUAAGUCACUGAGAGAGAGGUUGCAUCAGGCCAAAGCAGAGGAAAUAGGAGAUGGUUGUACUGCCGAAGACGUGCAGACACACCUUCGUAGUUUAAGAACUAAGAUGAAUCAUAUACUCAAGGAUGGCCAGGGGCUUGGGCCUAGCAUAGAGGGAUGGUCACCGAGGACGCCUCGUUGUAAGUGGGUCUGGGAUAGACUAGACUUCCUCAUACCCUUCAUCAUACAUCGCAAUAUCAAGACCAGUUGCAAGUUACCAAAGGGAAGCUCUGGUGAGGACUCUCCGUCUGGGGGCUCCGACGUGAGCAUGGGGGUCGAGAUUAUACCAGGGACUAGCAGCGCUGUGGAGUUAGGUCCAGGACCUAGAGACUUCUUCCCAACCAGGUCUCGUGGGAAGACCAAGAGUGGGAGGCCGGACAUUGCUUCAAAGAAGGCCAAGAUGCAUGCUAUGGCUCAGGAGCAAGAACUGCAUGCUAAGCCAAGACCGGUUGAAAUGGAUCACAUUAUAAAAUCCCAUCUCCCACUAACCACCAUCCACCAUCAGCCUCAGCCUACCAUGGAUGUCCAAGAAGCUCCAUCGACUAGCAUUCCAACGACGACCACCACCACUUCGCAUCAUCAACCUGUCGGCUCUACUGAUGAGGAGGAAGUGAAAGCAUUCCUUGGACACCUUAAGUGCACCCUGUUGAGGAUUCCCGCUGACUUGAGGAUGGACAUGCAGGCUGAGAUACUUGCCAUGGUGUACGCCCGCCACAAGGAACAUCGGCAGUCUUGCAAGUAGCCCUGAGGAUGCAUGACCUUGGCUGUUUAAGAACCAUGUACUGCCAUUUGUCACAAGCAACCACUGACGUCCCAGAGGCUAGAAAUUUUAGGACCCAGAGCACUGCCACCUUGCUUCAUCAGCCUCUCAAUUUUAAUGAUGAGAAGGAAGUGAAAGCGUUUCUUGGACACCUUAAGUGCAUGCUGUUGAGGAUUCCAGCCGACUUGAGGAUGGACAUGCAGGCUGAGAUACUUGCCAUGGUGUACGCCCGCCACAAGGAACAUCAGAAUCUUGCAAGUAGCCCUGAGGAUGCUGAACACUGGCUUUUCGAGAACUCAUGCUCGAAGUUCUACCAUCCGUUGUCAGUCUCAAGCAACCACCAACGCCUAAGAGGCUCUAAGUUCUAGGAUGCGGAACACUGUCACCUCGCUCAUUAACCUGUUGUGUCCAAUGAUAACAUGAAAGCAUUCCAUGGACACCCUAGAUGCACACUCUUGAGGAUGAGGUUAAGAUACUCUGAGGUACUGUUACCCAUGUUCGCCCAUCACAAGGUGAUCAGUGAUCCCGCAAACAUGCAAGACCCUUUGGUUAGAAUGUGCAAAGGAGUUCAUGAUUAUGAAGUUGUUGAAACUUCCAGUAAAAUAGUACAUGUAGACUAAACAAAACAUCAAGAACUGCACAUGGCUUUAGUAUGUGCUU